AUUUCGCCCCACCACCCAAAACCCGAAGCAGCCCGCAUAUAUAAAAAAGGAAAAAAAUAAUAAGAAAAAGAAAACCCCCGCAGCCAGCAACCGAAGAGAGGAGGAGGGGGGGUCUCUUCUCCAGUUCUCCUUUGCUUGCGCCUCCCGUCUGCGUGCGUGCGAUCGACGCAGAGGCGGGCGCGGGCGCUCGCACCACCCCGAUCCGAUGGCCUUCAUGCGCUCCCACUCAAAUGCAUCUUCCGGCAUGGGAGUUGCUCCUAACAUUAGGGAGACAUUUGUCGAGCUCCAAAUGAAGAAGGCAUACCGAUAUGUCAUCUUCAAAAUCGAAGAGAAGCAGAAGCAGGUGGUUGUGGAGAAGACAGGGGCUACUACUGAAAGCUAUGAUGACUUUUUGGCCUCUCUCCCAGAGAAUGACUGCCGAUAUGCUCUCUAUGAUUUUGAUUUUGUUACUGGGGAGAACGUGCAGAAAAGCAAGAUUUUCUUCAUUGCCUGGUCCCCAUCGACAUCCCGCAUCCGUGCUAAGAUGCUGUACUCCACCUCAAAGGACCGCAUCAAGCACGAGCUCGACGGGUUCCACUACGAGAUCCAGGCGACCGACCCGACAGAGGUGGACAUUGAGGUUCUCCGGGAGCGGGCUCACUGAAGCUGGUUCGCCUUUGAAGGGACCUGUGGAGGGCCGUGAACCUUCGGUCAGAUGCAAACUCUAUUAUGAAAUGAUGAAGCUCCCACCGUGGUAUUUGUUAAUAAGUUCCUGUAAGCAUAUCAUUUAGUCGCGAUGCAUGACUCUAGCUGGUGAAGCGUUAUUGAAAGCUGUAUCGGUAUGAGGUUUGGUUGUCGAUACUGUAAACGAAGCAAGAUUUGCAAACUUGUUAUAUUGUGGUAUUGAUUAUACUGGAUUACUGGCUGUGGCCUGUGGGUUGUUGAGAAUGGCAGUUUAUGGUUGGUCUGGUGCCUGGA